UCAGCUCUCACCGACAGAGGUUGUUUUGGAGGAAGUGAGCAGACGUCGGCUAGCAGAUAGCACGUUAGCUUGACAGGAAAGGCAAGCGUCAACGGCAACAGGGCGAAGCAGACCAUCGUGCCAAAUCGCCUCCGUUGAACGAAGCGAGACAUCGGCAGUGGCAGGUUUGGCUGUGACAAAUAGCGAGCUGCGCAGCUACCUAUCGGAGGGGAUUCGGCUGUCGACUGUUUAAACGGUGUGUUUUCCUACGGCAGACAUUUAUAGGAGCCGUUAGCUUGUUAGCUAGCCUGCGCGUUAGCUAACGCUUCCAACCGAGGCAGAAGAAAAGUCCAGUCUUGAUAUUUUUUUUUCUAUCGCAGGAUCAUCGCCCAGCUGUGGCACAAUGACAUCAAGGAAGAAAGUACUACUCAAAGUCAUCAUCCUUGGAGACUCUGGAGUUGGGAAGACCUCGUUGAUGAACCAGUAUGUGAAUAAGAAGUUCAGCAACCAGUACAAAGCCACAAUAGGUGCUGAUUUCCUGACGAAAGAAGUCAUGGUGGACGACAGACUCGUCACGAUGCAGAUUUGGGACACAGCGGGUCAGGAGAGGUUCCAGUCCUUAGGAGUAGCGUUCUACCGCGGAGCAGACUGUUGCGUCCUGGUGUUUGACGUGACGGCGCCCAACACCUUCAAGACUCUCGACAGCUGGAGGGACGAGUUCUUGAUCCAGGCCAGCCCCCGAGACCCGGAGAAUUUCCCCUUUGUGGUGCUGGGCAACAAGAUCGAUUUGGAGAACAGACAGGUGACAACCAAGCGAGCACAGGCUUGGUGUCAAAGCAAGAACAACAUCCCAUAUUUUGAAACCAGUGCAAAGGAGGCAAUCAACGUGGAGCAGGCCUUCCAGACUAUCGCACGCAACGCCCUGAAACAGGAGACCGAAGUGGAGUUGUACAACGAGUUCCCUGAGCCGAUAAAGUUGGACAGGAACGAGCGAGCCAAGCCAUCAGCGGAGACCUGCAGCUGCUGAGGGCCCCGAAGAUCUUUGAGGGAGGGGGGAUGGGGGCGCUGUCUCUGCCCUCACUACCCUUUCUUGCCUUGUCUAUAUAUCCCUUAUCCCAUGGCCCACUGUGUUAAUCCCUAAAGCCCAACAUACAGGCAGCGUCCCACUCAUCGAGUGUACUGCUACAAACAAAACACACAUUUUCUAUAAAAAGUCUCCCA